AUGUCUUUAGAGCAGGACGUGAACACGGAUUUAACAGGGCCGGUUUCGCAUGCGAACGAUGAGCAGCCGCGUUCUGUGCGACCGGAUACUCCGGAAACAGAGUCUGGCCCAAUGGAUGUACGCGAAGAGGGUCCCAAACCCAUCAAGAAGGAAGAGCCGUUACUGUCAGAGUCCGAGACCGACAUUGAUGAGUCGAUCCCGCUGCCGUCCAACAGAACUAGGAGGCUGCACUAUCUCAUGAGGAGAAGCUCGGACGAGAACGACUCUGACGACGAGCCGGGCUCCAAGAAACGGGUGCAAAAACGGUCUGCUUCGCAAAACUCUCGGUCUUCAGAGCGCAAGGUGAGCGGCAGAAGCGGGAAAGACGCCUCAGGAAGGUCGCUUUUGCAGCGCCACUGUGCAAAAGGUCAUUACGACGAGGCCAAACAGCUCAUCGAGAACGGAGCAGACGUGAACGAGGCAGAUUUCGCAGGCAACACGCCGCUCCACGAAGCCGCUCUGGAGGGUUAUUUGGAUGUCGUUGAGCUGUUGUUGGAUAACGGGGCGGACAUAAAUGCGCAAUCUGCCCAUAUCGACAAAGACACUCCCUUGAUUGACGCGGCUUCUAAUUUACACUACGAUGUGGUGCGCACGCUGCUGGACCGGGGAGCGAAUCCGUGCUUGGUGAAUUCCCAAGGCGACUCUGCGUUGGACUCUGUUGAACGAGAUCGCGACCUGAACGAUUUGGAGGAGGAAGAGCUCAACAGAGUCAAGAAGCUCAGAAAGCUACUUGCACAGGCCACUCGAGAAUACAAAAAGAAACACGCCAAGCGCCAAAGCUCAGGCCCAGGAACAGACUCUGAAAAAGAGGAGGUUUCCAAACGGUCGAGCGCCAUAUUCUUUGAUCCCUUCUCGAAAGAGGGCAGAUCUGAGAUCUACCACAAAAUAUCGGAGAACGACGUCACGUUUGUGCUCAACUACGUUUCGAACCUUGCAGGAAGCAAGAUUUCCCCCGACUUGCUGUGUUUGGCUGCCAAGCAUGGCCAUACCGACAUCGCCAGUUUGCUUAUUGCAUUUGGAGCCAAGGUGGAUUACGUUGACAAGAACGGAAUGACACCUCUGAUGCACUCGGUCGGAAAGGACCAUAUUGACAUGGUCAAGCUGCUUUUGGAAAAUAAGGCAGACGUGUCGCUGACGGACAAACAUGGUCGUACGGCGAUUGACAUACUACAGGAGAGCUACGUUUUUGACGACGAGGAGAUGAGGAUUUUGACAGAGGCGGGCCAAAACAGCUCCAAAAAACGAAAAGAACGGGCCGAGACACCAGAGAAUGACCGGAAAAAAAGCGACGUGAAGAAAAUAAAACACAAGCCAUCCACAGACAGUGACACGUCGGCGCGUUCUGCCUCGCAAACGCCGGCUGCCACGCGUGUUCCGACGCCUCUGAAACAGGAACCCAAACAGGAACCCAAACAGGAACCCAAACAGGAAUCGAAAGAGGAGCCCAAACCAGAGUCCAAAUCAGAACCGAAGAUCCAGCCUAAACGGGAGGAAAAACCCCUGCCUCCUACUCCGGAGGAGCUGGAGGAAAGGAGAAAGCAGGAAGAGGAAGCACGUAAAGCGCGCGAGGCACUGGAGUUGCAGCGGCUGGAGAGAAAGAAGGCGCGCCAGCAGCAGAUUGCGCGAACCAUUGCAGAACAGGAAAGAAAGAGGAACGAAGAGCUGCGUGCUGCCGCCAUGGAGGAAGAGCGGCGAAAACAGCAGGAAGAGCAGGAGCGCGCCCAGAAAUUACAGGAAGAACAGCAGCGGGCUCAGCAGGAGGCCGAGAAACAGAACAUGGAACGCAAGCAGUAUAUUCGCAGCUACUAUCCAUAUGGAUUGAAAAUUGCGAGAUUCGAUGCAGAUCGUACAGAGACAGAUAUAUCGCAAUAUCUUCCGCUGUACGUGUUCAAUUUGGGCGGUGAAAGCUAUUUGGUUGAUUUGCAGGCGAUACUGAUCUUGGGGACAGAGGACUUUUACCACGAGAAUGGCGAGCUAGAGAGAAAACCGCUCACUAAAGCAGAAAAAGCGCGUGUGUGGAACAUCUUUUGGCCAAUGAUUGGCAUGUUCCUGAAGGGCAGCAGUGUACAGCUUCAAGAGCUCAGAAAGAUGUAUGAGCAUGAGGAGAAGAAUUUUGAGGAGCUAGUACUCAACUGGAUCAAAUUGAGCGACUUCGACAAAAUCCUACAGAAAUCAAAGUAUGCCGUUGUCAAACAAAUUUACGAGAAGUCUGCAUGCUGCAAAGUGUCGCCCGUCGAGCACAAAGAGCAGACCGUGACUCCACCAAAAAACGAGAUAAACAAACUUACGACGGAGCGUGCCUUGCCUCUUCGUCUCGGGCCGAAAGCCAAAGCAGUCCUACAAACGUUCGACAGGAAAUUGUGGUAA